UUCUUUUUUUGGUUGACCUCCAUUUUGUGUCGGGUGAAGACAACUGAAUGUGGUAGACGAGAUUAUUUCUGUCAGUGUCAAAGAAGUUUAGAGUUUAUCGACCAUUAGCAGAUAUAGAAGUGCGUGUUUCUUCUCUCUAGUGUUCGAGAGCGCUUUAGCCGGACUGAGUUCUCCGGCCCGUGUUGUUGGUUGGCGCUCGUAUUUCUGACCUUUUCUCUGAAAGGGUCUUCCGUUGACCGAGGGCGUCAGUGGCUUUGUUUGUAAACAUACUAUUCGGGUCUUAACUGCACCUCUGGACUCAUAUUUCGGAGUAGUCAAGUUGUAUUUUCUGCUCUCGGGCGGAAUCUGGUCGUCCACUUGCUAUCCAUUCUGUGAUGUACUCGCAGAAAAGCUCCGAAAACGUCGUCGCUCUUCAGUCCAUCCAAGACGCUGUCUCAACCUUCAACCUCCUCCACUCCAGGAGAAAAGGAAUUUUCCUGCAAUCAAAAAUUAUGCCCAGAAACUCUUUUGCCAAGCAAUUACCACUUUUGGCACCAUUAAAAACAAUAUUUUAAGUCCUUCGUAUAUUCUAGUUCUAAAAUCGUCCCAUUGUGCUGAAGUGUUGAGUUUCCCUUUGUGCCUCUCUGCAUCUCUAUUCUCAAGCAAUCACCAUGAAGCUCUUGGAAAGUUCUAGAUUUGAGGCUAUCAAUAGCAAUCUGUGCAUUAAAACUGGCGACAGCAAAAUUGUGGGAAGGAUCGAAAGUUAUUCCUGCAAAAUGGCUGGAAAUGACAAACAACUUUACAAGCGAUUCAAUUCUGAACAAGGAACAAGUCCCCAGGAUCUUCAAGCGCUUUCACCACCUCAAGCAUCUAUUGGAGUUGGAGUAUCUCCACACAGUUUCUACAGUCGCAGUGUUUCAGGAGAUGAGGAAGGGCCUCUUUGUGAUACUAUUAGUAGAAAAACUCUCUUCUACUUGAUUGCAACCCUCAAUUCAGCAUUUCAGCCUGAUUAUGACUUUUCUGAUGCCAAAAGUCACGAGUUCAGCAAAGAGCCAAGUCUUCUUCAUGUCAUGAAUGCAGUGGACAGCAACCUGAGUGCCACUGCUGGAGAACAGUAUCGAGCAAUAAGAGCUCAGCUGUGGGCUGCAGUUGAAGAUGAAAUAUCUAUGGGUGACUGCGAUAUUUACAGCUACAACCCAGACCUGGCUUCAGAUCCUUUUGGUGAGGAUGGUUGUCUUUGGUCCUUCAACUACUUCUUAUACAACAAGAACAUGAAGCGGAUUGUGUUCUUCACUUGUAGAGCUAUCAACCCCAUGUACACCUUUGAUUCUGGUGUGGGCAGUGAUUUUGCCAUGGAUGAAGAUGAGGAGGGUUACUAAAUUACUUUGUUCAAUGUCACUUGGCACUUAAAAGCUUAAACCCACUUGCACUAGUAAAUGCAACUGUUUGAAAAAAUAUAAACACCACCUCUGCUGGUUUAAUCAACUCAAGUUUCCAAAUUAAAAUCAUGUUUAUCAGUUAAUUAUCUUUGGCAUGGCUCUCAUGUUUGCCAUGGUAUGGAUUGUUUCAGUCAGGAACGAUGUAUGUGUAGCGAUUCAGAACACUGUUCUUUAUGAAACUGCUUUUUGGCCUGUAGUCGAUCUCAUAGAAGAGUAGGGGCUAUGAAAUGUAUGUAUGUAUGUUUGUACUUAAGUGGAGACUGACCGGAUCUGGUUUUUAUUUUAUAACUUUAACUAUCUAUGUUCGUAGUGAUUUCGUUUAUCAUAAGUUAGUAGUUCUCAUCAUUUGACUUUUUUUUCAAUUUUACAGUAGAGUUAACUCAUUUUCUUUUAACAGUAGUCAUCAUUAUCAGCUGAUAGCUGUUUACAGCAUCACUCCCUAUAUAUGGUUAUUACCUACCUAUUUUGUUAGCAUUAGUUAAAACCUGACAUUCUUGCCAUUCUUUCCUUUUUUCUUUGCAUGCCUUUAUGCCCUGUCAGGGACCCUUUUUAUUUCUGUUUUCUAUGACAAUGGAAUAUAUAUGUGACAUUCAUUAUUUCCAUUGGUAUUUGCAGUAUUUAACUUUGGUCAAAGUUCAUUUAUUUUUAAUAUUUCUGCAGAUCUAUAUUUGUUUGCAAUAUGAAGAUCCUAAAACAGAUGCUAGUCUUGAUUUCAAGAAAUUCGUGAUAAAAUAUAUUAUUUCUCGGUGAUAUGGUCUAUGAAAAGAUUUUACACAGCAAGCGGCUGGCUGGCUACUUGAGAUAAAAUUGGCUUGUGGACUCCCUUCUUGUACUUUGUUGGUAUAUUUUACAGGAUCUGCUGCAUAGACAUUUCCUUUAGGUAGAUCAGAAGAGGGGAAAAGAAAACUAUUCAAAUGUGCACUUGAUUGAAACCAAUACUUUGUGGGAAUAUUUGAAAAAUAUCUAUUGAUCUGUAACUCUGAGCAAGUCUCAAUUUUCUGAGUAUGUAAAAGCACUAAUACUGUAUGAAUAUGAUAUUUGUUGUUGGUUUCUCUAUGUAGCCACUUUAUCUUUUUGGUAGCUUUUCUCCUAUUCUCACCUCUAGUUAUUUAAGAAUUUGUGACAUACUUAUAUUUGUUCACGAAGUUAAGUCUUGAUUCUAUUUACAUAGUUUAUUGUACAGUCACUGACAAAUUUAUAAAUUUCAAGUUAUGGUGGAUGAGUCUGGCUAUGGCAUGAAGUGAUUAUUACAAGAUUUGAAAUUACUGCAUUUCCUGGCAAUAAAUAUGAUGCACAACUGUUAUUUUCAGCUUGCGUUAUAUAUUUUUAGAACAGUGCCUUAUAUUCAUGUUAUAGGAAGUGCAGUAAAUUCACUUCAUAUUUUAUAAAUGGUAGAUUUUAAAAAAUUCUUGAUAUUGAAUAUUCUAUUAACUGUGUGGUUAAAUACAAAAUGCUGUUUAUUAUUUUCACAUUAAUAACUAGUUCAUACAUGUCUGUAUGUUUAUCUUGUUGACUUUGACCAAAAGUGCUAUUAUAGUCUAGUUUAUAGGCACUUUUGUCUCCCUCCAUGUAAAUAUGUUUUGUCCAAUCUUCCAAUUAUAUCGUUGAAAUGUGA